AUGGAGUGGGGGACCCCGGUCGAGUGGGGUAAGUUUCUUUUGCUUUGUGUCCCACAGAGCGUGAAAACAAAAGAAACCAACCCCACUAGACCGGGGUCCCCCACUCCAUGUAACCAGGCCCUAAGAAAGAAAAUAAAUGGGUGGGUGCAGGAGCCUGCAUGUGGGUGGGAAGGGAAUCAAAAACUAGAUCGAGCUGGUGUAGAGCGCGAGGCGAACCGACACUGAUUGACCCGUAGCGCGGCGGGUUAGUUGGCUUUUUGAGUGCGUCACUCAAGUGUCAAUUAUACCCCAGAUAAACCUAGUCGUUUUAUCUUUAAUACCUAAAUUUUGCAUAAGCAUGCAUUGAUUUCAAUUUCUCUUGGGACGGCCCAUCCAAAAUCUCCUCUCCCCUAGCCCCUUAGGAAGGCCUGAUACUCAGGCUAACGGCUGUAACACCCAGGAGAAAUGAAAAACAAAGGCUAUGCAUAAUUUGGGGGGCAAAUAAGGUGCAUUAUCAGGGGCGGAUCCAGGAUUUUUUUAGGAGGGGGUGCACUCGUCUCUUGCUCUACUUCAACACCAAUAAACCACAUAGUUUUUUUUUUUUUGCAGAUACCAGUUGUAAUAUAUAGAUUUAGCCAGGGCUAAAAGCGAAGCUCCCGUUAAUAAAUUCAUAAUUUAAAUCAAACAAUAAACUUGUAGUCCACAGAUCAGGGCACAUUCAUUUGACUUUUGAGGCAAAGGCUGAGUGAUUUUAGAGAAAAAUAAGAAUUUGACCGUCCAAGAGUGAAACAAAUUUUACAUCAAGUUAUUUGUACACCGAAAAAUAGCAAUCAUGUUCGAUCACAGUAGAUUAGGCCUGGAAACAAAUAGACCUAUUAGUGUAUUGUAUUUGCAUUAGCUGUAGCAUCAUAAUGUGUCAUUCACCAGUCUCUCCAACAUUGCUCCGUUAGAGAGACUAUGGAUAACUGGACAACCCCGAACUAUAAUUUUAAGAAACACAUGCGCCAUGAUAGUCCUUGGUGGCAGCCAAUUUACACGUUGCAUUCCUCCGUCUAAAAGAGAGGCCAAAAUAAAAAUCAGGCCGGAUUUUUUGUGUUCGACAAGUUUAGUUUACUAGUAAAUCUUGGCGACGAAUCAGGUGGCGUGUAAACCAGCCUUUUAAACAUACUUUUUCUCAUCACUUCUCAGGUAAACAGUACACAGACCUCGGACAGAAUUUGUUCUUUUUUGCCCUAUUUAUAAACAAUUAUUGGAUGAGGUUUUUGUGAUAUCCGGAAUAAUCAAGGUCGAGGUAAGUGUUAUCAGCCGAAGCCGAAGGCUGAGGCUGAUAACACUAACCGAGACCCACAGAAUCACGUGCGCGCCACCUACUGUUUCUGUUACUUUACAAAUCACACUUAGGAGUUUAGAUCACCAUGGCAUUACAAUAACACUCGCUUACUCACGCUAAAAUAUAUCAGACCAUUUGAUGGGCUCCUGAUCAGACAUAUUAAUUUUCUUUUCUGCGCAAGUGAUUUCAUAAUACUGUAGUGUCUAACUCACAGAAUCACAGGCGCGCCACCUAGUGUUUCUGUUGCUUUAAAAAUCGCACUUAGGAGUUUAGAACACCAUGGCAUUAAAUUGUAAAUUUCGCCUUGGGAGUCUGAUCACCAUGGCAUUACAAUAACACUUGUACUCACUUACUCGACCUAAAACAUAUCAGACAUAUUAAACAUUAAUUUUCUUCUGUGCGAAAGUGAUUUUAUAAUACGGUGGUGUCUAACUCACACAAUUACGGGCGAGCUACCUAGUGUUUCUGUUGCUUUUCGCAGUAAGAGGUUUAUUGCUUGUCACUCAAAACCUAGCGUCCUUAACAACCCGACGUCACGUGGUGUCCAAAAGCGGUCCUCAUGAUCGCUGCAGUUCUCGUUCCCGACUUUACUGAUUUAGCGAGAGAAAAUUCAUAAUUAGUGACUAAUUUCAUAUGGAUUUUAAAAGGCUACUUAGGCGAUCGAUUAGUGUUGUCACUUGUCAUUUCAACCUUCAGUUAAACACACUAGUCGCAAAUAUCACUUGUCAGUUAAAUUUUGGGCUACUUGUCACUUGUCAGUUAAAAUUUAAGCCGUUUGUCAGUUUUCAGUAAACCAAAGUCAUUAAAUCUCAUCCAAACCAAUUGUUAAAAUACGUUUAGAUAAAACAUUAAAAUUCGUGUUAAAGAUAAUCAGUCAAUCAUUUAUCAAUUUAUAUUAUUUUUUUUAAUAAGUAAGGUUUGGAGACAUGUCAGUCAAGAGACUCGAUAUCUGAGAAAAUAAGUCGUGUCGUACGUACACUGGAGACCGCUUUUAAAGAAAGACAUAAACUGUGCCAUACAAGGUACGUCUUAGCCAAGCCAAUUGUCUUGCCAAUAUAGUCAUGUGUUUCUUCGGCAUUUUUUAUCUAGAUUAUUGGGUCUCUUAUUAUUCACAGUGCUUCUGUUUAAUCAACCAAAAUGUAAUGACCAUCAUUUUUAUUCUGUGAAUCAUGCAAAAUUUACUCGUAUUUCAUUCUAACAAAGGUUGUGUUGAAAUUUCCUGGUUGAAAGGGAAAACUGACUUCUAUGGUGUUAUCAACGCCCAGGUGUGUGGGGAUAUUCGUGGUUUCUUUGGCCUUCGUCGUGCUUGUCAAUAUUCUUCUCCACUCGAGAUCGCUAAACAUAAAUAGCAAGGUAAGCCUUCAAAUAAAGCACCACUGAUACUUUCCAGCAACAAAAAAUCCGUGUAUAACUGCUCAGUCAUCGUUUUAUAAUUAAGUGUAAAAAUCUAACGGGGCAUGAUUUAUUUUGGAGACAUGACAUUUUAAAAAAUAACAAUUGGUAAUUACGAUAUCCUUUUUCGACGUCGGUUAAUGUUUCUGGUUGCCGAAAUCAGGGAAAAUACAACAAAACAGUGAAUUGCCGCAGCUAGACUGCUAGACUUUGAAUCACCCUGAAAAAUUAAUCCUAAUAGGGCGAGAUCCUUCAAUUGGGCGACGCCACUAAUGGGUGGGUACUACCUCAUCAUUGUUUUCCUUCCUAAAAAUAAGUUCCCUACUUUUACUUGGAUUACACGACAUGCGGUUAUCUUUGGACCAUGUUAAAAAUUGAUUUUAAUACUAGUUCGGGUGAUGUGUUAUGAUUGUAUCAGACAGGUGCGACUAAUGUAGAAUCAUAUGUAUAUUUAAAUAAAACAGGAUCAGAAUUGUGUUCAAUUUCUAAAUCAUUAAGAAAAAUAUUAAACAAGUACGACCCGCUCACGCUAUCCUGAGUGGUACCUUUGUGAAUUGGGAUAAAUGUGUGUUUCCCGAGGAUCAAAACAAAGACACCAAAGACACAGCGUCGCUUUUGUUCUGUUAGCAUAAAUGUUUUAAAAUAACUGAGCGACAGACAAGUCUAAAUGUUAAUGAUUUGAAACAGUUUUGGUCUCUAUCUUUUGUCUAGAGUCUUUUAUACGUCGUUCAUAAAAUAAAAUUAAAGAUUUAUUAUGUUGAUUAGCAGACAAUAAUGUUGUUGUUGAAUUUUUGUUUGCGCACUACAGUAAAAUUAGCCUAACACUUUUAGUCUGGACAACGAAAUUGAGAGAACUUGAUCUAGAAUAAUAACCAGUGAACAAAGAUUCCCUACAUUCUAUCAAAACAUCCAUUGUCCGAACCCAAUAAACUUGUAAACGUUGCUGUAAAUUUUGGCUCUCUGUACGUGAAAGAGAAAUUCACACCUUAAAAACAGUAGAAUUUUAACAGGUGUAAUUAAUUUGUAUAACCUUAGCGCGCAUGCUCGUCAGUUGACAUAGCCCUUUUGAGUUAAAAUCCCCUUGACUCCCGCGUCUCUCUGAGUAAUCCCACAAGCUAUUCAAGCUAUUCAACUAAAUCACUGCUAUUUCAUUGCUUUUUUUCUUUUUUAAAUCAGGUUUUCCAAGGGUAUAAUGCUUCUCAGGAAAAGGUAAGGAGUAAAAUGUUACAAUUUUCCUCUUAACCUUCUCUCCACGUGCUUGUAUUUCAAUAGCUUAGUCUUACCCAAAACAGUAUUGCAGAUCGCGAUCAUCUAUGUAUAAACCAUAAUGCCACUGAUGCUUUGCCAUUUUGCAGAUUUUGAGGUCAGUGGAUAAAAAAAAAUAGAAAUGGAAAGGCCAAAGUCUUUUCCAUAGUUUCAGACGUUUUGCAGACUCUGCGUGAACUAUGGAGGGACUUUCAUUUCACGGGGAGGGAGGUUGUAGAUUACCCGACAGAAAUUCAGAAUAUAUAAACUCCCAAACGCAAGUGGGUGCUCAUCCAUUGAGAACAGAGAGUGAGGAAGAGAGAGGGGGUACAGAGGGAGAGAGAGUAGAGAGCGAUUUUGAAUGCUAUAUACUAGGUUCAUAUGCGUAACUUGUGAAGCUUUGUGACAAUACUUGUUGUAGGAUUUCACUAAGUGGGAAAGGUGCAAAAGGCUUAUAUCUGGACAGGACACACUGAACAAGACUGGAACCUUGUCUAAGGACUCAGAAAUUCUGGGUAUCUACAGGAUUGAUCAAGAUUGUGCGCGUGUUUUAUAUACUCGUUUUGUUCAUCCUCCUGUGUCAAAAGAAGAAGAGCAGCUACCAAUCGCUUUCGGUCUGACUGUUCAUAAAGGUGCUUGUCUGCUUGAGCGACUUCUUCGAGCUAUUUACAUGCCAAACAAUGUCUACUGCAUUCAUAUAGAUAAAAAGGCUUCAGCGGUCUUCCGUACAGCAAUAAUGGCCAUCAUACGCUGCCUUUCAAACGUUUUUAUCGCAGCAAACAGUGUUGACGUCGUCUGGGGACAUAUUACUCUAGUUGAAGCUCAAUUCAGUUGCAUGGAAGAGUUGCUGAAAUCACCAGUUAAAUGGAAAUAUUACAUUAGUUUAGUGGGACAGGAUUUUCCUCUAUAUGAUAACAAGCAGAUUGUACGAGCGUUACAAGGUCUCAACAACACAAACAACAUCGGUAGCUCUCCAAUGCCUUUUUCCCAUCGAAUUAAAAAAGGGCCACCACCACACAACAUUUCAAUCUAUAAAGGAUCCACUCAUAUUAUUGCUUUAAGAGAAUUUGUCGACUUUGCCCUUCACAGCCAAAUAGCAAAAGACUUCUAUGAAUUCUUAAAGGAAACUAAAAUCCCGGAUGAAACGAUAUACGCUUCUCUACAACAACUUUCAGGAGCUCCUGGGGGAAUCAAAGGAAAUCAACCAAAGUGGAUUCAACGAGCUAUGCAUUGGAAUGGUGGUAGAAGAACCCAUCGGGGUUGUCUUGGGAUGUGGAAGCGAGAGAUUUGUUGGAUUUCGCUAAAAGAUUUACGCUGGGCUCUAAGAGAAGACAACAAAGAGAAACUUUUUGUUCAUAAGAUUCCGUUUGACUUUAACGAGGAAUUAAUAGAAUGCAUUCUUGUGGCAAGGCAGGGCAGGAAAUACGCCACUGCUUUGUGGAAAGGAGAAGAGAAUGUCCAGAAAGAAUAA